UGGGACGCGCGCCGGAUGGAGCUGAGGUGCGGCGUGCAGGCGGCCAUGACGGCAGCGCCGCCGACCCCCGAGACCACAACGGUGCCGCCCUCCUCUUCUUCUUCCUCCGAGGGCUGCGGGGAGGCGGAGUACGAGAGCCUGCCCACCGGCGCCUCCCUGGGCACGCACAUGACGGCCGGGGCGGUGGCCGGCAUCCUGGAGCACACGGUCAUGUACCCCGUGGACUCCGUCAAGGAGCAACUUGAGUCGCUUCUGGAGUGAGAGAAUUGGCCGUCUGCAAGGACGUUGCCCGGGGAUGCCCAGAUGUUUUGAUGUUUUUACCAUCCUUGUGGGAGGCUUCUCUCAUGUCCCCGCAUGGAGCUGGAGCUGAUAGAGGGAGCUCAUCCGCACUCUCCCCAGUUUGGAUUCGAACCUGGCAGCCUUCAGACCCGGAUGCAGAGCUUGCAACCUGACCCCAAAGCCCAGUACAGGAGUGUGUUUGAGGCCUUGAGGAAGAUUGUCCAAACAGAAGGCUUCUGGCGGCCUUUGCGCGGAAUCAACGUGACUGUGGUUGGAGCGGGCCCGGCUCACGCUCUGUACUUUGCCUGCUACGAAAAAAUGAAACGCACUUUAAGUGACAUUAUUCACCACGGAGGGAACAGCCACCUGGCCAACGGAAUGGCUGGGAGCAUGGCUACCCUACUCCAUGAUGGUGUCAUGAAUCCUGCUGAAGUGGUGAAGCAGCGCAUGCAGAUGUACAACUCUCCAUACAAGACUGUCAAGGAAUGCAUCAGGACAGUGCAUAGGACUGAAGGCUUGAGUGCCUUCUAUCGGAGCUACACCACACAGCUGACCAUGAAUGUCCCCUUCCAGGCCAUUCACUUUAUCACCUAUGAGUUCAUGCAGGAGCAGAUCAAUCCCCAGCGGCAGUACAACCCUCUCACACACAUUGUCUCAGGGGCCGUGGCUGGGGCUGUGGCAGCAGCGGCCACGACGCCACUGGACGUCUGCAAAACGCUCCUCAACACCCAAGAGAACAUGGUCCUGAGUUCUAUAAACAUUAGUGGUCACCUGUCAGGAAUGGCCAACGCCUUUAGGACAGUGUACCAACUGGGAGGGAUCGCUGGGUAUUUCAAGGGAGUACAGGCACGGGUGAUCUACCAGAUGCCUUCAACCGCCAUUGCCUGGUCUGUCUAUGAAUUCUUCAAGUAUGUGCUUACAAAGCGUGAGCUGAAGAAGGGAAGUCCGUGCUGAUGGCUCUGGCCCCACAGCUCCGAAUUGCCUGAGACAGUGACAUCUCUGUGUCUGCACACUCUCCCCAAGCUCCUUGGAAAGGUUUCUGGCAGGAUUUACAGUUGAGUUCUGAGACGUAUGUGUGCGCGGGGUUUUGAAAUUCUGGAGCAGUUCUGCUCUCUCCCUUCUCAGUCCUUGCUUUUUUGUUUUUGCAAAACCAAAUUGUUAAAAGAAAGGUGCAUCCUUAAAACAAGGACUGAUUGUAUUUUGUCCCCCUUGUGUAAAAGAACUGGUAAAAAAUUAUUGUACUUGUUUUUAAUAUUGAACUGCUUUUGGGGGGCAAACCAGAGUAAAAAGCUGUGGGAGGGGACAGAAUUAUUUUGUGUGGUUAAAAUAGAAAGGUGGCGCCUUUUAGCUAAACUAAGUUUUAUAUAGAGAAAUGUGAUAUACAUGGAUAAUGUUUAUCCUUUAUUUUUCUAUAUUGGUGAAUUGGGUUAUAUUUUUAAAAAAAGAAUUAAAACUUUGUGAAUGAGUGAAAAGGGGCUUUUUAAAAAUGGUGAAAUUCACCAUUUGCUGCCCACCCUGCCUCAUGGAAUGGCUUUAACCAUAUCCCCUUUUCCAAGCAUUUUAGUGGUAGAGAAGCUGGUGUGCGUGUGCUUUUCCUCUUCUCUCUACCCUUCCCAUCCUUAGUAGCUCUUAGUGUAUCUAGUUUGAAAACAACUUGAAAUGAUUUAAAAUGUUGACUUGUUGAAAAUCUACCUUACAUGUGUGUCUUCCCUAUUGCUGUGUCAGCAUUGGUGGACACUUCUGGGAAUAUUAACCAGUUUUCAGCACUGCCAAGUAGCUUAAUACUCAUCUUUUAGCAAACACUUUUAAGAUGUCUAAUGGUACUUACCCCUGUCUCCAACUGCAUCUCAGUUCCUGUGUAGAUUUUUAAUUUAUUCUUAUUUCUCAUUAAGUUUCCAGUUAGGUUUUUCCUCCUGCCUACCCCCUCCCAUGCCUGACUUGCAGGUAUGUGCAAACCUUUUGCACUAGUUUGUCUAAGUUAAUGCCUGCAAGUAUGUUCGGGGGGGGGGGGGCACCAAGUUUACAUUCCCAUGAGGCAGGAAUGAACUACUGAGACCUUCCAGAUGUUUUUGGCUUGAAGGUCCAUUGAUGUGGGAUUAUGGGUCGAUUAUGUGGGUAGCUGAGAAACACCUGGAGGGCUGUAGUUGCCCAUUCUUGCCAUAGGAGGACUCGUUAUUUGAGUUAAACGAAAAAGGAUGAAUGUGGAAAUAUAGCUGUUUGUUGCAAUGUAGCACUAAAGCCUUGGAACCGAAAAGCCUUAGCAGAGGAGAAUGUAAAGUCAAACUUUGCUCCAAAGCCAAAAAAACCAACAACAAAAAGCCACCUGUGUGCAUUGUGUGCCUGUACGUGCAGCUAUCUGGUCUGUACAGUUGAAAGAGUAUGAAAUUGGUUCAGCACUUGUGGAAUUGAUGUGUGGGCUGCUGCAAAACUUUGCCACUGUGGAAGUGUUUACAGAAAUGUUUUAUCUGUUCAAAGUAGGGGGGAUACCUUUGGCUCCCCAGAUGUUUUAUACAAGAGCUCCUACAAUGCCUUUCCACUGGCCAUGCCUUUUGAGGCUGAUGAGAGUCUUGAGGAUUUUUAAAAAUUGCAAUUUUGGGGUAUCAACUUGCACUUGUGAUGUCACCUGUCCUGAAACACAUAAAAUUUGAAAAUGAGUGACCAAGCUUUCUGACUAACUGUAUGUGGGGGGAAAUGAAAAUAUACUCUUCCUCCUCUGAAAUGUAUGUUUGGGUCGAUAUACUUUAUAAACCUACAGGCAAUUGAUUUAAGAAGGGAACAUAUUACUGUUUCUUCAUAGCCCGACUCCUAACACAUUUGGUGGGAUUGGUAUGAAGAUAGUUGCCAUGAUUCCAACUUUAAGAGCCAAAAUUCAACAUGAUAUAACCAUUGUGGCCCUCUAGUUGUUCUUGAACCCCAUUUCCCAUCAACCCUAACCAAUCGGGGGAGUAUGGCAGGAUCAGUAGUUUUGUGUGAUGGGACUAAUACUCCAUUAAUACUUAGACAAUCAAACUCCUUGAAUUAGCAAUAGUGACCAUAGCAAUUUAAGGGCUCCUCCAGGUCUCUACUUUCCUGUAAUUGAGGAAUGACAUUCAAAGAGCUUUCAAGAAGGGCUCAUAGCAUUACUACUCUUUAAUUCACCUGGAUUGUCCCUCCAGAGACACUACAGCUUAUGCCUCCUGAUAUGGAGCUCCGUCUUGGAGUAUUAUUCAUAUGUGACACUUUCUUAAUUCCUGUGGUUUCCCUCCUUCAUAUAUCAUUGGCUGUAUAGGCAAUGUCUGAGCUAACCUAAACUGGAUAAUUAAGUUAUUUCACUGAUUUAUUCCCCUUCCCCCUUUUUGACUCAAAUUACAUCCUUCAAACUACUAAAGGAGUGCUGGCGAUGGCAGUGUAGAGAUCCACAAGUGGAUUACAACUGGGCUAAGUUACUCUUCUGGACUGGAAUGCCAUAACAAACUCUCCAGGAACAAAAAUGCUUGUUUGAAGUUUGCUCAUGUUGGCUUGGUUCUUCUUGAGCAAAGAAGAGAGUAAACAAGCAUGGCUUAUCAGGGAUCCAGUCCUAGUAUCAGUGAUGGUUCAUGCUCCAGAAGAUGUGUCUAUGCAUGAGAUAAAGCAUGUUGUUGCGGUAUGGAGAUGUGUUGGCCCAUGCUUUUUGGUGAAUUACUUUCAGGCUUAGCUAGUGGCUCAAAGCAAUCAGACCUUAUUGUGUGACCUCUCACUCAAGGUGCUGUUGGCUUUAAAUUUCUCCAGGCCAAACUACAUAUCAUCGUGGGAAAUGUAUGUUUUUAAACAUAAGCCCAAUCGUGUCAUUUUAAAUGAAGGAGGGAUAUGGCUUCAUAUUCAUGCCAGGGGCUUACCUAGCCCAUACGUUUUCUUGGUGGUCAACCAAAUCCCAGUAGAGAAGUCUGCAAGCAAGAUCUAGCAAGUCCAAUAGCACCCCCUUGCUUCUAUUGCCCAAAGGUUGGCAUUUGGGAGAUGCUGGUGGCAUUAUGUAGUUCCAGAAUUAGUAGCAUUGGUAGUCUUAUCCUCCAUGAGGAGGCCAUGGAAUGGUUUUACCAUUGUCCCUCAACAUUAACUGAGAUUAGGAUCUCAGGGCCCCCAUGAAAAUGAAAAACUAUGAAUAUAGAAAUUGCUAUUUUUUUUUUUUAAAAAAAAGAACAUCUCUCUAGAAAUACCUAGGUCUUCCCGCAUGACUGUGGUUCGACUUCUGCUGGAUGCUGACCAUCGAAUCACAUUAAAGAACCUAGACAUUCAUAUAGAGGUGUUCUGUUUAUAAUUCUGGUGGAAAAAGCAUAUCUUCACCUAAAGAUUCCUAGAACAUUUAAUCAAAUCUUGCAAAAGUCAAAUUUGCAAAUGUGGAAGGAUAACUAUUUACUUUGGAUUCCAGAAUCAACUUCUUUGGUGUCUUUCUCAUUUGAUGAAGCUUAAAUUGAAAUUCCCCUCCUGAAAAAUGUUAUUCUCUUUUGUGUCUGCUGCCAGUUUGUUGGCAUGAAUCUGUUGUCGCAAAUGGUUAGGUUGGCUCCUUGAUGAAACUUUUGGAGAGGAUUUUGGCAGCCAUAGGAGUCAUAGAGGCCCUACUCCUUUGUCCUAUAUCUCUGUUUUGGGAUACACAGUAUUGUUCAAGAUUGUCAGCCUAAAGCAUGUCAUCGACAGCAAUUGCAUCUUAUGAGGGCCAGGAGCUCUCCAUUAAGAAGUGAACACUUUAUAGCAGCUAAAACAUCAUGUUCAGAGAUAUUGUAUGUGAAACUUUGUACAUGUGGAAGCGCACACAUUGCUGCUUUUUAAGCUACAAGUGCACACUUUUUUAAAAAGGAGAUUGAAUUUUUAAGUUGAUAGAUUACUUGCUGUUCUAAAAUGGCCUUUUAAUUAAUUUACCAAUGUUGAAUUUUGGAAAAGAAUGUACAUAUAGGUAUAUUUAACAGCACAGGAAAAAUGUGGUUUUCUUCUGAAGUGCUGCUACAGUUGAAACACUGGAGCUCAAGAAAUAAAAGUAUUUUGAUUUGUUUGCCAUA